AUGUACGAAAAUGAGUUGGUCGUACUGUUUCGCUCAUAUCGUUCAGGAGUACUAUUCUUCUCGGUGGCCGACCAGGGAGACAUCCUCAUCGCUCAAGUUCUACACGGAACCGUUCACGUCAUGUUUGACUUCGGGUCACUGGCACCAUCACACAUCAGUGCUGGUAGAGCUCUUGAUGACGGCCGAUGGCACGAGUUCCGAUGGCUGCAUCAGUUCGAUUCCAUUCAACUGACCGUUGACGGGGUAAUGUUGAAUCAAACCACACCCAUAGGCCUCUAUAGAAAACUGGAUUUCCACAAUCAGAUUCACAUCGGUGGUCGUCCUCCAUAUGAAUUUUCUGAGGGUAUCGAGACAUCAUUCACUGGUUGCGUUGCCCGACUACAAUUGAACUCUGUAAACUUGCUCAAUUUCGCGCCUAGCAGAGGAGGGCAAAAAUGCCAAUUUCGUAUCCUGCCGGUGCCGUCGUUGCUGCUCGACAUGCUCGACGCCGACAACGUGACCCUGUUGCAGAUCACAGUCGACGAAGAGAAGACGUUACACCUCGUCAGCAACGCGUCUCGUUUCAAACAGAUUGCAAAUCCAUCAAUUAACGUGGCUGACGGCGGAUGGCACAGUUUUCUGUUGAGAAUUCGGGGACCACGUCUGGAAGUGGAGAUCGACGGAUAUACGGUUCUUUGGUUGGAAGGUCAAGAAGUACGUCGAAUAUCCGCCCGGUUGUCAUCGUUGGUGCUGUCGUCCGUUGGAUGCUAUCGGUCAACAACCAUCGACUUUGAUAAGGUCCACGCAGAGAGGACUGUAAUCAGAGGCGGCUGCGAAAUGGUAGACAGAUGUCAACCAUCUCGAUGUGAAAACGAUGGUGUUUGUCAUCAAACGACGCUCUUUGACUAUAAAUGCAUUUGCACCAAAGGACAUCACGGAAAGAAUUGUCAUUCAUCGAAUUUACCUCGUUCAUGCGAAGAGUGGUGGAGCUCACGUGGAAAUCGGACUCGAAUAGCAUUAGCUGGUAAAAAUCUCACAAUUGAUUUGGAUGGUGGCGGACCAAUGAAGCCGAUGCUCGUCACCUGCAUGAUGGUCAAGGACGAUAUGGGAUUCGAUGUGCCGAGAGAUUUCCAGAUCAACACCGUAUUACAACACGAUUUAAAGCGACCUAUUUACGUCACUGGCGACACGAAUCCUGGCGUGAUCAGGAAACAGCUUGUCUAUGGUGUUUCAACUGAACAGAUGGACCGUCUCGUUGAGGGAUUCGAAACGUGUUCCCAGUACAUGCGAUUUUCAUGUCGUGGAGGAGCACGGCUGAUGACCUUGGGCGAAGAUCGCUCGCCAUCCUCCUGGUAUUCUACUCGAUCUGAGAAGCACGGGCUCCAGUGGGGAGACGCACCACCGUACAGUCGCAUGUGCUCGUGCGCUACAAAUGGCACUUGUCUGCACAACAGGAUGUGUAAUUGCGACUCUGGGGAGGAUGCGACUGACGAAGGAGUGAAUUCCUAUUCGCAGCUGCUCCCGGUUACAGGACUUUUCCUUGGCGGAACAACGAAGUCGUCAUCGAUUGAAGUGGAAAUUGGACCGUUAAUCUGCAACCGAAGAGUCUCGUUCGAGCCGAUCACGUUUUCGGACAGGAAUUCUCGUCUAACCAGUGUCCGCACACUCUCCGUGAGAACUUUCGACAUUUCUUUCCAGGCGAAAUUCAGACAUCCCUAUAUGAGCUUGUUUUCGUGGGAGAGCAUCGAUUCUCUGCACUGGUUGCAUCUAUACAUUCAAGAUGGGAAGAUUGUCGGUGAGAUCGUGAAUGGAGGCGAAACGCUGCAAGUGAUGACUGAUUCCAUCUACAACGAUGGCCUAUGGCAUUCUAUCUACUGGGAAGCCGAUACACAAGGGAUGAGACUACGUGUAGAUGGACGAACUAGCGAAACCAACGCCUCAACACUCAUACUUCCAAGUGCCCAUCAGUGGACAAUAGGUUCUCGAACAGAGCGUGGUUCAUCGGGUUUCGCAGGCGUCAUACGAAGCGUGUAUUUGUGCGGAGAAGAGUUACAACUGAGCACGGUGGUCAGAAAGGACUACAAUAAAGGUGUUCACAUCGGAGAUGAAGGUUACUGUCGUGAGGGUUUGUGUAAGAACGGCGGUGUCUGUUUGGAUAAAUACGACGGUUACGCAUGUGAUUGCUCUGGAACUCCAUUUGGAGGAGACGAUUGCAGCAAAGAGUACAGUAUGUUCGUUCCAAUGGGCUCAUCAUUGCAAAUUCCGUGGCAAAAUCCAGCUCAUACGAGCACCUGCCAUCGCAUUGCCAUACAGACGACCACAACAAAUGUCUCGAUUCUGAGGUCAAAGGCUCUGUUCGCCGAAUCCACAUUCAAUAUGUCCAUAGAAGAACAAGGUCAUCUUAGUAUAUCUGUUUACGACGGAUUCUCCUCACAUCACAAUAAUUUAGAAGAGCGAUGGAAUCUCAGUGAUAAUAUUAUGCACGAUGUAGAGUUCUGCGCUUCGAACUCGAGUUUUAACCUUACCAUUGACGAUGAACCGUCCAUUCACUUCGAAGGAAACUGGUCAUUCUUCCAAAACUUCAACGUCUGGACGUUUCUGGAUAAAAAUUACACUGGCUGCGUAUCGCGACUGCGGGUUGGUUCAUCAUUUCCGCUCAAAAAUCCGAAGGCUGCUCGUUUAAAGCACUCAGGAAAAAUCCGAUUUGGAAGCUGCUCGGUAGACGUAAUUGAUUAUCGUCAACCUUCCACAAGAAUACCGGAUGAUGAAGAGAUUCAUAUUCAUGCUGUUGUUCAUGCUAAGCACCACAUCAUCUCACUGACAUCAAUCAUCGGUCUCGCUGUCGCUGGUGUUUUAGCUUUGCUGUUAUCUAUUCUUGUGUGUUAUAUGAGAUCUCGUCCGGAGGGUGUGUACAAAACAAACGAAGGCGAAUACAGUCCAUCUCGGAGUGAAGAACCAUUGGUCAAUGGAAUGCCAGUUGGAGGAAAAGAAUAUUUCUGCUAG